GUAUGAAUUAAGAAUGUCUUAGUGGUCUCCUGUUUCCGAAGAAGUAGUAGUAUUUGUUUAAAACCUGGUACAUGAAUGACGGAAAUAUAAACGCACGUUACGACUUUGCGUCUGCCUAAACGUAAACUGUGAUGGUCAAAAGCCAAAUUCAAAAGUAGAAUUGUUUUAUAAGACGUACGAUGUGAAAUUUAGAGAGAUUUGUGAUAUGAGAGGAGCAAGUGGGUCAGUGGUCGCACCACCUCUGCUGCCAUCUCACCAAGCGGGGUUCGAACCCUGCAACUGCCUCUAUUAAGAGGAACUACUAGGCCAUUGUGCCACAUAGAAAAAAAAAAAAAAAGAGAGAUUUGUGAUAUAAAUAUAAUGCAUUCCUAAUCUGCUUGAAAUAUUUUUUUUUUUGAAUUAUUAAAGAGGUUUUAGACCAUAUGGAUCAUAUAAAAGCGAAAUCCAAACCAUAUAAUAAUUCAACUUUCCUUUGGAAUGAAGAUUCUCCUCAAAAAUUCAAACCAUAUAUAUCAAGCAGUUUAGAAAAACAGAUGGAAGUCACAGUGUAUGUUCAUAUGUUGAUUUUAGGGUAGGUAAUUUAUACUAUUUUCUGAAGUUGUCUUAUUUUUCUAUAAUGAAAUUAUAACAGAUAUAUCAAGCAGUUUAGAAAAAUAAAACAACUUCAGAAAAUAUAUGGAAGUCUUACUUCAUUUAUGAAAUAAAAAGUAUUUUAGAUACACAUUACUUAUUGGGAAAAUAUUACAUCAAUAUAUUUAUUUUGAUGCUUACUUACGUCUUAAUAAUCAUAUCGUUAGUUUGAUUUCCUGUGCCGUUAAAAAUGAGGAUACUUGGAUAUUAGGGAGAUAUUAUGUUCAUAUGUUGCUUUUAGGGUAUAGUUAGGUAGUUUAUAGUUAAAUUAGGUUAGAGCUUAAAGGGAGGAGACAAAAUUAAGAUAAGAAGGAAGCGUGAAUGGCGCCAAGAUAACGGCGCCGAGUCUUGGGACUUAAUCAAAAGAAUGUUUAGUGUAAUGGAGACGAAAUUGAUACCUUAAGUUCCUCUUUUUAUGCAUGUUAAUUAAUUUAUUCAUCGACCUUCCCUCUUUUUUCCUGGGAGUGUUUGUGUAAUAACAAAAGCGAAUAAAAAGGGGACAAGGUGUCUGCUCGAUGUUGUUACAAUGAUUAUUGUUAUGGGGAUAUAUGAUCUCUUUACCACGGUUUAUGCAGAGACGCGUGAUGAAAGAGUAAUGUGUUAUUAGUAAUUGUAAUCAUUCGUUGUCACUAAUAGGAUUCGAAUUCUAUAUUGUUAUACUUAUACAUUUUCCUCACGUAAAAGAUAAAGGGGUUGCAUGAGACUAAUGGAAGAUGAGAUUUUGAAACUAAGCAACAACUUUUUUCCCUCACACAUACUCAAUCUUCCCCCUAUGGCCCUACGUACCCAGUGAUACAACACGGAGAUUUUUCAUUGGUUUUCUAACACCCAUGAUUUUAUACUUGCUCAAAGGUGUUACCUUCUUCCCAAGACAAAUUAUAAAGUUUAUACGAUAAGCAAAGAUAAAUUAAUUUUGUAGUUAUUUUUUUGUAAUCUGUCUGUGCUUAUUGAUUUCCGUUAGAAAAAUAGAAUGUGAUGCCUACUGGGUAGUUCAUAAUAAUGGGUUUUCAAAAGUCAAAUCAACAAAGAAUCAGUUUGGAAACCAACAACGCGUAGUCUCGUCUCUUGCUUGACUCGUGAGACAAAUUACCAUACGAUUUUCAGAUGGACAUAGUGUAUGGAUUUGUGAAGAACAAAUUGGAUAAAUAAAUGGUAGAAAGAAUGCAAAGUUUGUGAUUCUUUAUUGAUUUGACUCUUGAUGGUGCAUUUGUUUUUGAGUUUCUCUUUGAAUGGUUUACAUAAAACACAAACCGGUUGUUUAAAGGACUGAAGGAAAACUGAAGUUGAUCGUUUUGUUAAUAAUGGUUUUGUGUGGAAGUUUUUGAGGUCGGUCAAUUACCUCAUUUCAUUGACAAGAGGGAGCUGAAGACUUCGAGAAGUCAAUCGAAUCCACUGAAGAGUUGACGUAAGACUUUCUAAGUACAUUCCCACUAAGGAGUAUCUUCUUAAGAGAGCGAGUGGAGGAGCAUACAACAUAACACAUUACUUACAACAGAAACUCAGAAACAAAGAGAUACGAUGAUGGUUCGAAGCCACUGUUAUUGCUUUAUUACCAUCUUUUUCACCCUCCUAUUUCACACUCUUGCUUCUCCUCCGCACCACUUUUGCAAGCAGAACCAGAGGGAUGCUCUUUUGGAAUUCAUAGCCGAGUUUCCAACUGGUGAGAGUUACACAUGGAAUAAGAGCAGUGAUUGCUGUUUUUGGGAAGGUGUCACAUGCAAUCAUAGAUCUGGACAGGUGAUAUCACUCGACCUUUCUUACACUCUUCUCAACAGCUCUUUAAAAACUAAUAAUAGUCUCUUUAGACUCCGAUCUCUUCGUCACCUAAACCUCAUGGAUUGUAAUCUUCGAGGAGAGAUUCCUUCUUCGCUAGGAAACCUUUCUCGUCUCGUCGAACUUGAUCUUUGGGAUAAUCAUUUGGUAGGUGAAGUUCCAGUUUCCGUAGGAAAUUUAAACGAGCUAAGGGUCUUGUCCCUUGGUGGCAACAAGUUAAGUGGCAAUUUUCCUAUUAUUUUCGCCAAUUUAACGAAGCUUUCCUUUUUGGGCCUCAACUUUAAUAACUUCACAUCCACGCUUCCAGUAAACAUGAGUGAAUUCAUCAAUUUGGAGUAUUUCAAUAUCAAUGAAAACUCAUUUUUUGGACCUUUUCCUAAGUCCUUGUUCUUGAAUCCUUUGUUAGAGUCUGUUGAUUUGGGACGAAAUCAGUUCACAGGACCUUUUGAAUUUCCAAAUACAUCUUCACUAUCAUCUAAGCUUCAGUUUCUAAACCUUGCCAAUAAUAGAUUCGAUGGCCCAAUCCCGGAAUCCAUAUCAAAAUUUCUGCACCUCAGCCAAAUAUAUCUUAACCACAAUAAUUUCAGUGGGUCAAUCCCUAGAUCUCUAUCAAAGUUAGCCAACCUCACAGAUUUGCAUCUUUCCAACAACAUGUUGAAAGGUCGAGUACCAGGUUUCUUAUGGAGAUUGAUAGCUGUGACACUUUCUCACAAUUAUUUCAGCAGUUUUGCAAACUCUUCGAAAGACCCACUUAUUCAAAUGUUGGAUUUGAGUUCAAAUUCAUUCCAAGGACCAUUCCCCCAUUGGAUAUGCAAGCUCAAAAAGCUAAGCUUAUUAGAUUUGUCUAACAAUCUCUUCAAUGGGUCGAUUCCCCCGUGCUUAAGGAAUUCUACUGUUUCUCUUAUAGACCUUAUUCUUCGUAACAACAGUUUCAGUGGAAUUAUUCCAGAUAUAUUUGCCGAUGCUACCGAGUUACAAUCACUCGAUGUUAGUCGCAACCAUCUAGAGGGAAGUUUUCCAAAGUCCUUGAUCAUUUGCAAAGCCUUGCAAAUUGUGAAUGUGGAAAACAACAAAAUCAAAGACGAGUUUCCGUUUUGGUUGGGAUCUUUGCCAUCACUAAAUGUUCUCAUCCUCAGAUCAAACGAGUUCUAUGGGCCGUUGUAUCAUCCCCACAUGUCCAUUGGGUUUCAGAGUUUAAAGGUUAUUGAUGUUUCGCACAACGAAUUCACUGGAACUCUCCCAUCUCACUAUUUUUCCAACUGGCGUGAAAUGACCACAUCAAGCGAAGAAAUAGACCAGUACUAUUUUGCCAGCAUUGGUUAUACAACACCUUGGAACACUUAUCAUACUAUUUAUUAUGAAUCUGUUUAUCACUCGAUGGAAAUGGUGAAUAAAGGAGUUGACAUGAAUUUUGAGCGGAUCCUAAAAAACUUCAGAGCCAUUAAUUUUUCUGGAAAUAGAAUUUCUGGUGAAAUUCCUGAAUCCAUUAGCUGCUUAAAGGAACUACGACUUCUCAAUUUGUCAAACAACAAAUUCAGAAAUGAUAUCCCACGAUGCAUGUCAAAUUUGAAAAAUCUUGAGACAUUGGACCUCUCCAGUAAUAAGCUGUCAGGUCAAAUCCCUCAAGAUCUUGGUAACCUCUCAUUUCUAUCAUACAUGAACUUCUCCCAUAACUUUCUCGAAGGGCCAGUUCCACGAGGCACACAAUUCCAAAGGCAAAAAUGCUCUUCGUUCCUGGACAAUCCUGGACUCUACGGCCUCGAAGAAAUCUGUCAAGAAAGCCAUGUCCCCAGUAGUCCUACAUCACAUCAAUCUGAGGAAUUGUCAGAGGCAGAGGAACAAGUGUUCAGCUGGAUUGCAGCUGCAAUAGCCUAUGGACCUGGUUUAUUCUGUGGAUUGGUGACGGGACAUAUCCUUACUUCACACAAUCAAGAAUGGUUCACAUAAAAGUUUGGCCCAAGAAAACUCAAAGUCACCCCAACCGUUCGUUAAGCCCAUCAGUUGCAAUAAUCUAAUAAGCAUUUCUAAGGCAUAUAUAUACUGUCCAAUGUUUUAUUUGUAUGUGUGCUGAAAUUUGUAGGUGUGGCCUCCAAAAGAGUUGUUUGUGUUUGUUUGUAAUUUUCUAUUUAAUGUUUGUAACACUAUUUAGUGAUAUUCAAAAUAUGUAUCUUUUGAAAAUGUAAUACGGGAACUUCCUCUGGGGUCAUAUCUUAAAUUUGCGGUAGCCUAGUGAAAAGUCUUCCCUUCUCUUAUACACAGAUAUCACCCAUCCACUCGUGUUUCACUUGUAUUAAACCGUAAUGGUUUAUAUGUAUAAUUAGUAGUGCGGGGCUUUCAUUUCCAAUCUCACAAAAGAGUGCUAUAAAAUACAGAUCCUCUGAUUCUGACAGGAGUUUUGAAGGAGCAAUUUUCCGCCACUGAUACAAAUAGUGAUGAUACACAUUAACUUCUAGGGUCGCUCACGUCAACUUACCGACAUAUAAGUUCGUGACAUUUUGUAAAUACAAUGGAGAGUUGCCGACAAUAAAAAAAAUAUAAAGCAAACUUUGUAUUUAUGAAAUGACGCAAUAUUGUGGGUAUAUAAAUAUAUCUACUAAGGUGUCAGGCAGACGCGUGAUGAAAGAAUAAAUGUGUUACAACUUAGCAACUGUGAUCAUUUGAUGUCACUAAUAGAACUCGAAUAUCGUAUUAUUAUACAUUUUCCCCGUAAAAGGUAAAGGGUUUGCAUGAGACAAUAAUGGAGGUGUUCUAGUAGACUCCAAUAAUAUGUUUAUUUGAUUUCGUUUUUAUUAUUCAUAUAGCCAACGAUAAAAUCAUCGACAGAGGGAGGAGACUUAGAGUGCAACUGGAAUAUAUUUUUUAGAAUAUUCUUUUUUAAUAUUUAAUUUUGUGCAUUCCAAAAAUUGUCUCCAAUUACAACUAAAAAUAGAACGAGUAUUUCAUUUCAUUUCAUCAAUUUUUUGACGACAAAUGAAUAGUAAAAAACUUAUACUAUGAUCAAAACCAAUUCGGGAAUCCAAAUUAGAAUCGAAGUGCCAACAUAGCAUACAACCGAAGGAAAAUUUCGAACACUUCAUGCAAGUUUAUCCGCGAUUGUGUUUUUUGCCAUUUUAUAAUAUUUCAUAUUAUUGCAAACAAAAUUAACUUUCAUUUGAAAAAUUAUUAUA